UGUCAAUGUUUAUGUAGCCCGCUGCCUGUGCAACCGCACCAAGGACUCUGCAAUGUGAUUUCCUGACAUUGAUUUGUGUUCAUUUCAUUUUAGCAGCUGUUUUCUACAGAUAUGCACCAGCCUUUGACAUGGGGACACAUUAGAAGGUGAAACACGGACGAAACCGAGGAAAAAGCCGGGAUGGCAGGCGCCUUUGGCUUCAAAGGCUGCCAGAAAAUUCGAGGUCCGCAGAUCCGGAAUCUGCUGGAGGCGAAGGACUUCUUUCUCUUCGACUGCGACGGGGUCAUAUGGCACGGAGAGAAGGCGAUCACAGGCGCCGCCAAGGUGGUGAAUUCCCUGAUCCGGCACGGCAAAAACGUAGUGUUCGUCACCAACAACUGCACCAGGCCCCGGGAGAAUUAUGUGCACAAGUUCUACCGGCUGGGCUUCACCGACGUGAUGCUGGAGCAGAUCUUCAGCUCGUCGUACUGCUCGGCUCUAUACCUGAGGGACGUGGUUAAGAUCUGCGGCCAGGUGUUCGUCAUCGGCUGUGAUGGACUGCGCAGGGAGCUGCAGGAGGCCGGCAUCCCCUGCGUGGAGGAGGCGGACGACCCGGACGCCACCAUCUACAACUGCGCCCUGGCCCCGGACGUCAAGGCGGUGCUGGUGGGACAUGACGAUAAACUGACUUUUCUCAAACUGGCCAAAGCUUCGUGCUACCUGAGGGACCCGGACUGCUUGUUCCUGGCCACCGACAACGACCCGUGGCACCCGCUGUCAGGUGGAAGGAUACUGCCAGGUUCUGGGUCCCUCACCGCAGCCUUGGAGGUGGCCUCAGGUCGCAAAGCCACUGUGAUCGGCAAGCCGAGCCGCUUCAUGUUCGAGUGCAUCUCCAGUCAGUUCAGGGGGGUGGACCCGGCCCAGUGCCUGAUGGUGGGUGACCGCCUGGAGACAGACAUGCUGUUCGGGUCCAACUGCGGCCUGGACACCAUGCUCACCCUCACCGGUGUGUCUCAGAUCGAGGAGGCCCAGGAGUACAGGAAUAGUGAGCUGACCACCAACCACAACCUGGUGCCCGACUACGUGGUGGACACCAUCGCAGAUUUCUUACCUGCUUUUGAAGAUCUGGACGAAGAGGGCAAUUGACCCUCCAGUGUGGAGCACAAAAUGCUUCUAUUACAUUUCAAGUGCAAUGGUUAGUCUGCAGAUACAGCCCCAUCCAUAGUAAAGAGAAGUGAGGGGUACUGUAAAUGAUUCCCAAUAAACAAGGCGCUGUUUAUGUUGUGACCAGGACUCAAAUAGGACAGAAAAUCAACCCAGAACAUCCACAGUAACCCAGUGCAUACCUCAGUGUUUCUUCUAGUGUUGUGCCCAUUUGUGACUUGACGGUCCUUGUUGCUGUACGUGUUUCUAUGAAUAUAUUGCACUCCCUUGUUCAUAAAGUUCGUAGGUCGUGUUUGAUAUUGGGUUUUAAACUUGCAGAAGUAUUUUUGUAAAGCCAUGAAUUGUUCUGUAAUGGCAUUCAUGUGUUUUGGAGCCUGUUGAAAAAAGGUUUGCUCUUAGGCAGACAUGUACCUAUCGAUGCAGAAUUGUGUUUUUUCUCUUCUCAUUGUGUUUGCCUGAGUGUGACUCCUCCUCAUUUAUAUCACAGCAAGAGGAGAAAAUAAAAACUGAAACUGUGAGCUUGUCUCAGCUCUGGUAGUGACUAAAAUGACAAUCUGCCAAUCAGAUGAGUGAAGUGUUUAUUCACUUUCAGCCUCUCUGUCAUGUCUGUAUUACUUACUACUUGUGCCAAUAUUCAUCGAAGUAAUAAAUGACUUAUGGAUCCUCAUAGAAAACCAGUGACACAUUCAUGGUAGUCAGUCAUACUGCACUGUAGUGAAUUUUCAAUGUCGUUAAUGUUUACCAUAUAGAGCAUGGCAGUAACAAUAAAAACCUGACAGUUAAACUGAA